GUAUCAAAUCGGCGCUGUGCGCGACGGCUGAAGUGAGGUCCGCUUAGCCGAGCCCGUUGGCCGCCGCGGAUCCACACGAUUACGUUAAGUUAGUGUGUAUACGCGCCGUGUGUAACGGAUGCGGCUCGGGAAUAAAAAUAAUUCCGACUUUUCGCGGUGUCUAUCUUUGAGCAUGCUUGAGCCCACUUCACGUACACCUCCUCCGACGGACAAAAUGGUGGGCCCCCCCCGAUAUCUGAUGGUCUGGAUGCCUUAUUUCGACGAAAAUCAUUACGUUGCUCGCCGGGAUGGCCGUCUCGCGCUACGAAACCGUCGACCCACGUCGACACGCACGUCCGCGUUUCGCGCCCAGCUAAAAAAAUGCGAUCUAUAACCUAUUUCCUAACGUUGCUAAAGCGCGCACGGGUGCCCCCGCGGCCGCUUGUGCACCCGUGGAUUUUAAUUGCCGUUCGCGGACGGUGAAACGGCCUGUCCGGGAUCGUUUCGCGGUUACAUACGCGCGUACGAUCGGCAAAAUAUCCUCGAGAGACUCCACCGGCGUCCAGGAUUCUUCGAUAGAAAUCGUUCGGGGGUUUCCCGGAAAUCGCGCACAAAUUAUAACCUAGUAACGCUCAGUGGGCCUCACUUUUUGUUUAUGCGCCCAUGUUUUUGUCAUUUUCUUGUCGUUUUCGCACCAUCAGCUUUAUCGAUUGUAUAGUAAAUAAUAGUAAACAAGAUUAGUAGUAUUGGUGUGAUUUGGGGCUGUCGGUGUACAACUGAUACACGACAUCUCAUCAUCACACACACACACACAUAUUGGAGCAACACCCUGAGGCGUUUUGAAACUCUCUGGGUAGUUAUGUGAUUUGUGAUUGUCAUGGCGGCAGAUAGUGAUGGUGAUCUUAUUGAGACGGUGGUAACGUGCGAAGGUGAUCUUGCGGAUCCAGAGUUUCCUCAAAAGUUCGAAAUUAUUGUCGACCGUCUUAACGCUUUGCUUUGCAAAGAAAAAGGAGAUGGGCUGAGAGUAAAUAAAGUAGAACCAUGGAAUUCUGUCAGAGUAACGUUUUCAAUACCCAGAGAAGCUGCUCUGCGACUUCGAGAGUUAGCAGCUCAGGGCUCUCCAACCCUUACACAACUUGGCAUACUUUCAGUGCAGGUCGAAGGAGAUCAGGUAAUAUCUUUGAGGAUAGCCAGUCGCUUUGGCGGAGAUGCACAAGAAAUUGUGCUGCAUUCUGGAACUACGCAAGAUGGCGGAGCAAAAUCGCAAGGCGAUGUUACUAAUAAUACAGCUACUGUUGACGCUAAUCCUUCAACAGCUUUGCCUGGUCCCAGUAAUUCCACCAGCAUUUCGUCAGCACUAUGCAAUGUUGCUCAGAUAAUAGCAGCUGGAACAUCGUCGGAGAAAGUUCCACAAUUUCGUUCUCCAAAUGUAGUUGCACCCACUGACUGUGAUCCUAUUCCACCGUUUCUUGCGAAAUCAGUCCAAUCCACGUCAACGAGCAAUGUUGGCGUUUCUGGAAACCAGCAAGUAGCUAAUUCUAAUGCAUCGCCUAGGAACAACUACAACGGUCCUUUCCCAUUUGCCAGUAUGACGCAUGCUGCUCAAGCAAUACACAAUCGCGAAUCGCAGAAUACAACAAUUAAGAAUACGAUGCAAUUCAAGCACCAUGCGCAACCGCCGCCCCCCUAUCCAUCUCAAGAAAAUUUGGCGACGGUUACGGCACUAACGACCGGUCAUACGACCACUCAACCGGUCGUUACCGUUGGACAAUUAACGAAUCAAUUCAAGCCCACGACGAUUGCUACAACAUCUAGUCUGUCACCAAACAGUACCAAUUUGGCAGGGAGUUCGAACGGUAGCGGAAAUCAGGUCGCCCUGUCCAGUCCAUUACUCGUAAAUCUUUUACAAAAUGAUGCUGGUUCACAUGCAAAUAAUGUCGUACCUGGUCAGAAAAUGUUACCACCGGCUGUUAUGGACAAUUCUGGACUUACUAAUCGUAUGAGACCCACCAAGAAGCCUACAGUUAGAAGGAAAGAUCUCCCGUCGCCCAACGAGUCACCACCGAAUUUGGACACUUUGAGAAGCGAAGACUUGAUUGGAGGGACGGCAACGACAACGACGACGACAGUUAUUCCUGACUUAUCCCAUACUUCUACAUCAUCGGCAUUUGCGACUGUCAAUGCUAAUCAACCGUCGUCGCUUCCACAGCAGCAACAUACGGUCAAUGUAAUCGGCAGUAGCACCGGACAAAACAUGAUGCCGCCCCAAACGGUACAUCAAGUGCCGUCUGGUGGACAGAUGCAGCAGCAAGCUACAUCGACUUUACACAAUCAAGUACAAACUCAGCAAAAGUUUCCCAACAUUAGGCAAGAAUUGGCUUACAGGAAUUCACAGAUGCAAAUGCAGAAUCAACUUUCUGCCAGGCACCCGGUAAAUGGACAACAAAUUAGAACACCUUUGCAACAACGCCAAUUAUUACUCCAACAACAGCAACAGCUUCUUACGCAGCAACAACAACAAAUAAAUCAACAAAUUGUCCCACAAAUCUCGACGACGCAGCAAGCUCUACUUCAUCAGCAAAAUAUAAAUACGUCGUUGCAAACCACAUCUCUUAACAAUCAGUCAUUAUUACAACAAAAUCAACAACAAUUGCUACAACAUUCGACAGUAGGCAUAAGCGUCCCGCAACAACGGCUAGGUUACUUAAACAGUCAACGUCAACAAACUCCGUCGCCCUAUCCGAGGCAACCGGUCCCGCAGCAAACGCAUUUAAAUCAACAAAAUCAGGCUCUCAAUGUACAACAACAACUGCAUCACAAUCAAGUGAAGAACAUGAAUAUUAACACUAGCGCGAGUACUGAUUUUCGUUAUGGACAGAGCCAAAAUAUCCUUAGUAGAAAUUAUCAAUCUCCCUCAACGAGCAAUGCUAAUGGGACCACAUGGAAUGCACAGAGCAAUUCUAUUCCGCAAGGUGCUCAAGUCAAUACCACACGUGUGUCAGUCUCGAAUCAAGUUUCAGGUGCCUUCCCUCAAUGUGGGUCUCAUAUAAAUAACUCUAAUACUAGCAUUGCUUCGUCGUCCGUUACUAAAACGGAAACUUCCGAGUCUUCGAAACCGGAAGAAGAGGGUCCGGAGCCAGAGCCGGAGUACACUUCAACCGGAAAAAUACGACAAUUUCUAAUCAAUCCUUUAACAGGACACUUGGAACCGAUGCCCAGUGAAAGUUCAGAUUCGGAGCCAGAGAGUGCAGUAGAUAAUCAGGACGACUUCUUCUCUUUUCCAUCUCCGUCAAACGACAGAUCAAACUCUAUAUUUUCCGACGACGACGCAGACAGCAAUUUCUCAAGAAGAAACGACACGACGACAAAUACGGAUCAAUCUGAUUCCGAGACAACGGCCAAGUCCACGGCCAGCGAAGGAAGUUUAAAGCAUAGCAGAAUAAAAUCUAGCAGAGAGACCGCGCAUAGUCCGAUGCCGGGAGAGAAAAUCAAACUAAGAUUGAAAUUGGAAAAAUCCGAGCCCGUUACACCGGCUUACAAAGUUGACGUUUCUUUUGUGAAUACGCCGCCCAUGCGAAAAGCUGAUAAAUCUGUGAAUAAAAUUUUCACAAGUGGUGUUCCAAGUACAGGGAACGGUGACGAACCACUCCGAGUGCCUCCGUUACACAUUUCUUUAAGAGGACGUAACGCUUCAGUAGUACAAAGGAAAAAAGAAAAGAAAUCUCUGAAGGGUGAAGGUGAGAGUGAUUUAAUCAAGAGAAGAGGUAAAUUGAAGAAGAAGGAAUGUAUUGAUGGUAACAAGUUGCUGCAAAAGAAAUCACCGUUGAGCAUGAUCAUAGGCACUUCAUCUGCAUCAAAAUUACCUUUGUCCAAUUCCACAAUGAUAAACAAUGCUAAUACCGUUUGCAAAAUGGGUAAUAUGCUGCAAACUGCUAUGGCCAAACCCAAUGCCUUAAAACAAGAACUACCAGUGGAUGCCGCACGACUACAAAAUAGUUCUAUUAUUAAGCCAUGUUCGAGUAAAAACAGCGAUGUAGAUGAUAUACCGCUGAAUAGUAGAAUACCAUCUCCCUCAAAGCAUAAAUCUGCGAUUGUAAAUCAGUCUUUAAAUACUUCGCAAGUUUUAACAAAGAAUCAAGUGGAUCUUGAUGUGCAAAAUCACAUGCAAGAAUAUAAAAUAGGCGGAGGUAAAACAAAAAGAAGGGAUUCUAAGAAGAAAUCAGAAUCUGGAGAUGGUUUACAUCGGGAACAAAACCUCCUGUCAGGAGGCCGAAUUUUAGAUAAUCAAGUAAAAUGGAGAAAACUUGGUUAUAAGGGUGAUAUAACCCAAUCAAUAAGAAAAUCAGAUUCACUUUUAACUGGGAGUGAUUUUAAUACAGUCAAGAAGGUUGGCGAAAUUCGGAGAACGAGCGAUAGCGACAUUAAUAAAUCAGCACUUGAAAAAAGUAAUUUGCUGACUAAUGUUGCUCCCAGAUUAACAGAGCUUAAUGGCAUAAAGAAAGACUUAAUAAGUCAAGACAAGAGAAGGCGGUUAAGUUUAAUCGAUGAAAAAGAUCUGCAUUUAGGAGAAUCUCCAAAUACAGAAGUUACACAUUUUAACAAUCAAAAGGCAGUUUCUGAAUGUUCUGCAAGUACGAUACCAAGUAUGAAAGCAAAUGUCAGUCUAUCCUUUGAGAGCGAUUCUGGUUUAAAAUCGACAAAUUCGGCGCAGCAGGGCGAUUCUAGAAAUACAUCUAACAACCCUGAGAAUAAGACACCUGUGCACACAGAGACCAUGAUAAAAAAUUCUCAAUUGCCUAUGGCUAGAAUGCUCUCUGUCAAGUGUAAAUCUGAUAGGGAGAAUUAUAUUGCUACUGUUAAAAGCCAAAAUAUCAGUCAGCAACUAAAAAAUCAUGUGGUUGCCAAGAGUGAAGCAAAUUCCAUUAUGAAUAGACACAAUAAAACAGUCGAACAGUUGAGUUUUAGUCAUAAGAAGACAAUUCAAAACCAUGUUAUAAAACAACAAAUUGACAGACCCGCGACAGAGAGCAAAAUAGAUAGCGCAUCGCAAAGGAUUAGUUUAUUGAAGACUACAGGCAAUACAGUAAUCGGUAAUUCGGUGGACCAAGUCUCUAGAUCUCAGAACAUUGAUGCACCUGCGAAUAAGCCGACUUUGCCUAUCGGUGAGAUAAAUGUGACUGAAGCAAAGGUCAAGCAAAAAUUACUCGAAAAUACAACAGUACCUAUUGGGAUAGGUGUUGAUGCGAAUAUCGAAAGAGUCGGCAGCAGCGGAGGCGGCGAAGACUCAGGCAUCGAGUCGAUGGAUGCUCUUUCGGAAAAAUCACCAAAUCAAGGGGAGUCACCUUUGCAUAGGCCGGCAUCGGCAACUGAAUCAGUAACACAGAGCAGCGCCAAGAAUGUAAUACAGGGGGAACCCACCUUAUCAACCACCAAUAAGAACGUGCCUUCCUCAACUAGUAGUAGUGAUAUGUGUUCAAAUUCCCAUUCGGAACUUCUCAAGUCCAGUGGCCCGCAAAGGUUAAGUCCUGUGUCUGUAGCAAGUUAUCUUGAAAACCAGUUGAAUCGCAAUAUAUCAAACUCCAGUGAGCAUGAUACAAAGAAUGUGUCUAGUGAAAAAUCAUCGACAAUUUCGAGAACUGGACAUAGUGAUUUGAUUGCUAGUUUAGACACAGCAAAUAAUGACAAAAGUGUGUCCAGUCCUUUAGUGACGGGAACAAUGACUGUUGUGACAGCAUCCAUAACCAGCAGUAUGAAUAGUGAUAAUAACUUAUUGCAAUGUGCGCAUCAACAAGCAAAGGAUUUCUCCGAUAAGGAUAGUUCUAGUGUUAAAUUAGAGAGUACUGUUAACCAAAAUGAUCAGGGUAAGGCAAACUCUAAGCAUGAAGAAUCGAGAGCUGCGGAAAGCGUAUCUGAAGACAGUACGAAAGCGAUUGUAGAAAGUAACAGUGCAAUUAGAUUAAGCGAUGAACCUCACGGACAGAAUAAUAAUAAUAAUAAUACUAAUAAUAAUAAUAAUAAUAAUAAUAAUAAUAAUAAUAAUAAUAAUAAUAAUGUGCCUAUAAUACAAAAUCACGUUGCUUAUAGUAAAAUUGACACGAUAAAACUCGAUAGUGUGCUCGCGAACAAUACUAACGCAGCGACGGAUAAUUCUUGCUCGAACAGUGAGAGUUGCAAUCUAGAAAUCAAAGUCGAAUCUAAAAUUAACGUAAAAGUGGAUGAUACCAGGCAAACCGAUCGGUUCGAGGUUUCAAAAAAUAGUAACAUUUCACUGAAUACAAAGUCCGUCAAGUUAGAAACGUGCACCGAACAAAAUCAGAAAUGUAAUGUACAAAGUCACCAGAGUCAGAUCAUGCUCAGAGAGCCUUCUGUAAAUCUUCAAAAAGUCACGGACGAUUUAGUUAAAAAGAUGGUUAAUGAUUCGAGCGAUCUGAGUGUAGGUGGUAUCCAGUCGCCUCUCGGCGAAGAUCCGCAGCCUAUCAGAAUUACACCACCAUUGUACACCUACUCCAAUCCUGUGGUUCUGCAACGGGACGAAACUCCGAGCCCAGCAGCUCAGAAUCCUGAGGUAGAUUCCAGCGAUGUGGAACACCUCAAGCGUAAACGCAGGAGGAAGCAAGAACUCGAGGGACGACAGGAUAUCAUAUGUAUAGAGGAUAACGAUGAGGGACAUUUUGUGGAGAGGCUAAACUCCAACAAUUCAGAGGAGUAUAUCAAAAGACCGCCCAAGUCGUUGCUGGAGCAGCUUCUAAUAGAUAUUCCGAAUGACAACAAUGAGAAGAGGUCAUUGAGAACCAGGUCGCAAAAGUUGAACAGCCCGGAUAUCGCGAAAACUCCGAAAAGCAGCCCCCACGGUCCUAAUAAAUUAGAGGAACGCCGUAGUAUAUCACCCUACGCGAAAGCAAGUCCGAAACUGGCGGUAUCGAAACUGUCUCCUAACGCGACAAUAAAAAUAGGGAAACGGAAAAGACAAGAGAGCGAGAGUUCCGUUGCAUCGAGCACAGCUGACGAUCCACAGCCAAGACCAGGUAAACGGAAAUGCUCAGAGAAUGCGGCAGAACUUAUUAAAGCUUGCAUGGGUGUAGAAGAGGCUGGUUCUAUAAAGAAACAAGUGCCUGGCAAGGAAGAGCAAUCAAAGAAGGGGUUCAACAUAUUGACAAAGGCUAAGAAAGGUCCCAUUGUGGUAGAAGUAGAUUCGUCUGAUGACGAACCAUUGAUUGAAUCUGUAGGAAAAGCAAGAGUUCGAUUGUCAGAUGAAACAUCCGCUGCUUCCCCAAAGCCUAAAGAUCAAAAAGUGCAAAGAGAGAGCCGUUUGUUAACUACCAAGCAGCCGAGUACGGUUAUGGCUACGACGACGGCAACGACGACGACAAUGAUUACGGUGACUACAAUGACGACAACAACGACGACGACGAUGACGACUAUGACGACGACGACGACGAUGACGGCUGCGGUGGCGGCGACGGUGGCAGCUACUGUCGGGAAGGAGAGGUUACGAGGCACUUCUGUAUCUAGCAACGAGUCUGUGGGCGAAGUAACAACAAGAAGAUCUGUACGGCAGAAUACAGCUUCACCACUAGCUACACCAGCAAGCAAUACUAGGGGUGCGUCCAGAACCUCAGACGAUAUUAACAGAAGGAAAACUCGUAGUGGUGCUGCGGGCAAACAUUGUUUUAGUAACAGCGGAGACGGCGGAACAAGCGAAACGGAGGCGAAUAUCCCGAGAAAACAAAUGACCUUCGGGAAGUGACCUUGACAGUGAUUAGCUACCGUCGCUCGUCAAGGCCUAUCAUCUGUCUGAUUGUAAAUCCGACAUAAACGGGUAUUUGAUCGCCGUGUGGCUGGAUCCCACCUGGUGAAACUGUAUGCGUCACAUUAGCGCACAACGUUGCUGUAUAUGUAUCGGGAGUAUUGUGUCAAAAAAAGAAAUGCUAGACGGUGUGUGAAAGCAUUUUGUGCUAUAAAACAUUUGUUGGCUGCUAUUAAGUUAGUCAUACAUAAAAGAUAGUACCUUCCAAUUUUUUCUUGCUUGUUCUUUACGUUUCUCUUUCCUCUUUCUUUUCGUCUUUUUCUUUUCUCUAAAGCAUAGAUCAUAAGAAUUAUAUUGUUGUAACAUUUAAAGAGAGUUUUGUAUAUUUAAUAAGUCAUUAAUUAUUAAUUGUUAUGUUCUUAAAUGUUUAAGAAUAGCGAACAAAAUAAAAGCAAUUUACUUUUAUUCUUUUCUUUCACCGUCUAGCGUUUUCAUUUACGUUGUACUCCUAUAAACAGCAAAGUUUAGUUACUCAGAUUUGACUUGCUCACAAUGCAUUAUAUACUAUAAUCUAAGUAACUGAACUAACUCAAAACUGCCGAGACAUUGUAUGUAACUUUCUUUUACCAGUUAGAUGUUUCAUUCUAUCCUCAAGAACUAAAUUUCAUUCUUUGAUGUGCAAUUUUCUAACGUUAUCGUCUGUUAGAUGUAAAAACAAGAAACUUCAAGUUAGCUUUAGAAAGAUUUAAGGAAAUUCAAACUCGGACUAUUUAUGUUUCGGGUAUCAUCUUCUCUCAUGUAAUUUCUUUCGUUCAUUGUAUCACUACAAAAUAGAAGCGGUAAAAGAAAGUCUAAAUUUUUUAAGUGUCAAAAACGUGAAUUUGACUGUACUGCCGUAAGUAAAAUACAUAUUUAUAAAUAUGUGGAUAAAUUUAUUAAUUGGUGGGGCUUAUAAAUCACUACUCUGACGACUUUGCUGAUAGACUCUGUUUAAGCAUGUCUAAUUUGUGUAUACAUAUUUAUUUAUUGUGUGUCAUUAUUUGUUCUAAAAGUUUUUUGUAUGCGCAUGUGUAAGUAAAGUGUGCAUAUAUAUAUAAAGUAAUAGUAUCAUAUGAAUUUUCCGCACGAAUUAGUUUUUGCUAUAAGUUCAAGAUACAAAGUAAUAACACACUUUCGUACUUAUCUAUACAAAAGAUAAAAACGUUUUUUGAGUUGUUGGUCUGGUAUUUAGAUAAUUAUAUAUUACAUGAUUAUAUUUUGGAUAUAUCAAGAAUUGUUACAUUUUGAAUAUUGAGAAUAAUAAAUUUACACAUUGAUGCAAUAAGAACAUUGACAAAUGUAAAAGGUAUUAUUAACGUUUGUAGUUACGGAAACAUGUGUAUAUUGCUUUAAUCAACAACUUAGCAAUUAAGUUUGUAGUUACAUUAUUGUACAUUUUCAUUUUCCAAACUCAUCAAACAUGGUCUUUCAGUGAAAAGUUCGUCUUGAGUUAUAUAAUAUUCAGAAAUGGGGAUAUAGAACUUUUAAAAAAGAUUUAUUUUAUUUAUGAAAUAUGAACAUACACACAGUGAACGUUGGAAGAUAUGUAUAAAUAUGCGAAGAUGAUAAGAAUAAUUAUUAUAAGAAAACUAAUUAAUACAAUGUUAAUUUGAUAUAGGUAAUAUAUGAAUGAAUAUAUUUUGUAAAUAAUUUCUUGUAAAGAUGGACAAAGCACAUCCCUUUCUCCCUAUUGUGUAUAUAUAAAAACUGUUUAAAUUUUUAUUAAAUUAGUAAUAAUUGAAGUAUAUAUAACGUGCAAAAAUAAAAAUCGUAAUUGUCAUUAUUAUUAUAAUUAUUCUCUCGCGUUCAUGUAAUUAAAAUAUACUUAUUCUUCUUAUACAAAUUUAGAAGUAUAUUGAAUUAUAUGUGCAUACGUAUACACAAGAUCUAUGUAUGUGAUUUAUAUCGAUUAUUGUUUUUGUGAACAGAUAAUCUAGUUUUAUAUUGUAUAAAUAUAACUUACACACAUAUAUAUAUAUAUAUAUAUAUAUAGAAAGAGAGACAGAAAGAAAGAGAAAGCUAGUGUGUGUGUGUGUGUGUGUGUGGUUGUGUGUAUUGUGCGUGUGUUGUUGAGAAUUUAAAGUUCUAGCUGAGCCUGAGUAGUCAUCAUCAUGUAGCACUGUCCAAAUGUUUCAUAAAUCUAUUAUGGAGUUUUGAUAAUUAACAUUUCUCUUUUCAAGCAGCAGAAAUUUAGAAUAUUGCUUAGUAAAUACUUUAUUCAUUAUAAAUAUUAAUAAUUAAUUAAUUUUAAUUAUUUAUCUUAGUUAUAUUCCUUUCUUUAAAUAUCCUCUUAAUUUUCUGCAAACUUUGGAAUAUCUGUGUUAAAUAUUCUAUAAACAGUUUUCAUGAAAGCUUUAAGUACGUUCAGAUAAAUAUUCUAAAUACAUUCUAUUUAGAAUAUUCUCAUCUGUGUGAUUAUGAUUAUAAAUUAUACCAUAGUCAAUAUAUGUGUGUUAAAAAUUGUGGAUUAAAAGUUACAUGACCCAAUUUUAUCAGAUCACUUUUGAAUAUGUAUAAUAUAUGAUUUUGUAUAAAAAAAAUAUGCGAUUUUUUAUCACAGACCAAGUAAAUAUUUAUUACAUAAUAAAAAAAGAUUAUUGCGCGCUACAAUUGUUACAAGCAUAGAAUGUACAAAGUAUGAUAAGUGCAGUGCUCAAUUAUAUAGUAUGCAUACAAAUUUUCUGAUCAAUACUUUUCUCCCAAAGGUUCGAUGGCUACCAGGCAGCACUUUAAUAGAAAAAUGCUUCUCUCACGCUAGUAAUAAAUAUCGAAUUUAAUGAUAUUUAAAAUAGGAGAAAAUUUCAUCGAUCUGUACCCAACAAAUUAAGAGACAGAGACUGCUUCUUGGGUUAUAGUUUCGUUGAAUUUAUGUCCUACUUUAAAUAUUGAUUUAAGUUAUUUAAUUAGGAUAUUGCUUGUUUAUCAGAAUUUAUUUCUAUUAGACAUUGCUGGAUCUAUAUAUUGUACAUAAUAGUAUACUUAUUUUACUCGGAUGGGAAAUUACAACCUGAUUGUACAUAAAACUAUGAAGAAAUUGGUACACACGACUUGCGUGUUUGAUUUAAUUCGUAUCCUAUAACAUAAAUAGGAUCGAGUGUAAUAUAUAGUAAUUUAAUAUUGCAGAAUAUACAAGAAUAAUUGAAAAAAUAUUGUAAUUUUGAUGUGUAAAAUAUUCUCUUUCACAUUAGAUAGAUAUGCUAGGCAUUAUUAUGUUACAAUUUUAUUAUUGAAUAUUACAUUUAUAUGAUUGUAUAGACUAUAAACAAAGAUGAGGUCUUUGUGUAAAUAUGAAUAUCUUAAAUAUAAGCGAAUAUUUAGCGCGCUCGCAUAAUUAAGGAGCUUUUAAAGUAUCUCUGCUAUAUAAUCACAUGUGUGUGUCUUUGUAUGUGUGUGUGUACAUGCACGCAUAUAUAU